UGGCGUGUAGUAAUUUGUGAUCAUUCUGUUUAAAGUAUAGGCACUUUAUUUUAUAUAUAAUAAUAUACUUAUAUACCUAAUACGACUUACUCAACACACUGCAAUCGCCACCACGUUUAAAGGAUCGCGAAUUGUUCAAAGCUCUCUCCCGCCGACGCACAGCAUAAGACAAAGCGAAUUUUUUUAGUUAUCUUGGGAGAAAGAUCACUUAUUACAAAAAUUAUAGAAGAUAUUAUUUUUCAAUUUUGACAUAUUAUAGCCAUAAUAUGGCAAUAGUCACACGAAACACAAUGAACAACUACACUCUUUUGGUUGAAUUGUACAAAAAAGAAAAACAAUUUCAGAAAGUUUACACCACGUUUCGACCCAACUUAAAAGCAUCACCUGUAACGGGAAAAUUUUAUGCUCGUCACGAAGCAAAUGUUAAUCAAGGUGAACCAAAUGAUCACUACAUAGAACUUUUGGCACAAGCUAAAUCUCUAGGGCCAAAGAACAAAUUUCCUUCUCCAAAAACUGAAAAUCAAAGGUAUGGCUGGCACGAUAAGUCUUUCAUUCCACGAAAUGAAGAUAUUUUGAUGUUUCCACACGUGGAAGCCCCAGAAAUAAAAUUAGACAUCAUACUAAAGCAGAAUUAUAAAAAUGAAGUACCAUUUAGUGGAAUACCUUUUAAAUUAUAA